AUGUCAAAUCAUAUUCAACACGUUCUUGAACAACGGCUCUUUGACCAACUCUUGGCCGCUAAUGAACUUGUUCUUGUCAAGUUCACAGCUGCUUGGUGUGGUCCUUGCCAGGUCAUUGCACCAGUUCUUGAGAAAUUCGCAGCUGCAACGCCUAAUGUCAAAGUCUUAGAAGUUGAUGUUGACAAGAGCCAACCCAUUGCCCGCAAAUAUAAUGUUUCUUCCAUGCCUACAUUCGUGUCUUUCCAUAAACAAAAGGAAACAGCUAGAUUUGCUGGUGCUAACCCACAAGCCCUCGCAGCUGCCAUUCAAACUCUUUCUGCACUUAACCCCUCGGCCACAGUCUCAAGCUCACCUUCCGGAUCUUCAUCUUCCUCUUCUUCUUCUUCAUCUUCCUCAGGUACUCCUCCAGCUCUUCAAAAAUAUAUCCCCAAGGGUUAUGAGCUCCUCAACUCUGCCAUCAUCUCAUCUUCUACAGAAAUCCUUAAUGUCCUGCAAACAUCCACCCCACCAUCCAAAGCCGCCUUUGAUCUUUCUUCCAAAUCUUCCUCUGAUGACCCAGCCAUCAUCUCCGAUGCAGAUUCUCAAGUCUUAAUUUAUGCACCCUUUGCAAACAAAUGCAAGGUUUAUUCCAUCCUUAUCCAAACCGCUCCUAACGCAACCACCCCAGACGGUGACGACGCUCAGCCCCCUGCCACCAUCAAGGUCUGGGCAAAUACUACUGGUACCAUGGCAUUCGAGGAUGCUGCUGCAGGUGCUGGUGCUCUUCACGAAGCAGAAAUUGGUCAGCCUGAUGCCGAUGGCUGGAUCGAGGUCCCCCUGCGCUUUGUGCGUUUUCAAAGUGUUGGUUCCGUACUGAUAUUCCUUGAUGGUGCUGAUGAGGACGAACCCACGGCUGUGCAGCGCAUUGCUUUGGUCGGGUCUCUUGGAGAUAGCAUGCAACAAGGUAAGAUUGAAAAGGUUGAGCAGUAG